ACGUACACCCGGUCCAUCAGCGUCAUUGCGUCAUUGGGCGGGGCGUUUCCAGGAGACGGCGGCGAGUCAGGGAAUGAUGUCACGUUCUGCGGCACAGAGGUCUCGGCUAGAGAAAGGCCGGACCGUGUCAGCAGCUGUGAGCACUCCAGCGUCUGUGGUAGAAAUCAUACCUGGUCGCUUCACGGAAAAUGACUGGCUCUCUAUGGUUAGCACUGAAGAUGCAGAAUGUCAAAUUGGGGACAUCAUCGAUGACAUUGUGAAUCAAGUAUUGGAUGGUUGUUACAGAGUAUACAUUGAAAAACAGCUGCUGCCAUUCACCAUCAGUCAGGCGAAGGAUGCCAUCCUGCAAAUUAUUGAGUGGCAGUUCCUGAUGUAUGACCCAGGAGAGCGAAACGUGGCACUGGAUCCAAACUGGCAGGAAGAUGAUGAACCCGUUUCUUAUCUCACCGAUUCCUGGGCCCAGGGCUCAGUGCCAGUGGUGAGGAAAACAUCAACACCAACUCAGGUGGAACAGGAAAUCUACGAUGAGGCUUCUCAAGAUACCAUCUGUUUGACUAUGGAGGAUCAAGGACACUCUUAUGACCGGUUCUUUGGCCCCAGUGCUAGAUCGGAAUGUGGGAGCACUCAGCAGGAACAUGGUGGGGUGCAGCCUCUACCUUCAAUCUGCAAAGAGCUAAUGGGCUAUCACCUGGAUUCUGAAAAGAUUUCGGAAAAGCAGUUGAUAUUCGGAGGAAAUGGACCAGAAGCCAAGCUGAAGCAAACCCCAGGAGCAGGGUCUGUCCCUAAUGGGAAAUAGGGAGUGUGAGAAACCGUCAAGAGAACUGGGACCCACAGGAAUGGCCAGAGCAGUGUCGGCAAUGCCUCUGGGCUUAGAGGCCCAACGUGUGGACUCCUGAAGUGGCAGCGAGGUUUCAGCUGUAGUGAUGGCGGUGAGGGGACUCUUGGCUGCGGUAGGCCUGGAUGUGGACUCUUUUGGCAGCAGCAGGUCACUGAGUGUAACCGUAUCAGUGCCUGGAACAGGCGUCCCAACUGCGGUUGGCCCAGAGCAGGCAUCUUGCAGAAUUCCUCGAGCUGUGUUUGGGAC